ACCUCGCCGCGAGGACGGCCUUCGUGUUCGCCUUGGCGACGGCGAUCCGCGCCGCCCAGGACCCUCGGAUUGGCUUGCUGCGGCCGGUCGCCAGCCAGCACCCCCCCGCGCUGGUCCUGGCGCAGCGGGUCUCCAACAGUUUCUUCGUAUUCCCAGGACGGCACGGCAACGUCCUCGCCGCCUGGCUCGACGCGCGCCUCGGGUGCUACGACGCCACCUGGCGGCGCGCCGCGAGCGCCGCCGCGGCGAAGCUCGGCGAGCGGCUGAGGGCGCGCCUGGCGGCGGUGCACGCCCGGCACGCGUGCGCAGCCGCGGCCCCCGCG